AUGUUUGUCAGAUCUAUACAGGAAAAUGAAAGGGAAAGCAGGAUAUUUCGAGCAGAAGUAAAAGAUAACGUUGAGCUUUGUGCAGGCGUCAGUAGGUUGUUGCUGAUGGACAUUACAGGAGAUUUCAUAUAUUGUUUGUUAGAAGGAGAUGGAUGGUGCCAAAAAGCCCGCCUUUUAAUGAAAGGGGAUAAAGUGGUAAUUGGGCCAUGCAAAAUUGCGGCCGUUCCUGAAAGAUAUAGAGCUUUUUAUUCACCUGUAAUUCCUGAUAAAUUUACGUCCCCUUUCUAUGUCCAUUAUAGCUCAACUGACUUGGAUCUUAAAUUAGAGAUUGAAAGGAUGAAUUUUGGUCCAAAAAUUAAUUACACCACCAGAUCGCUGCAGGAAUGUCAACAGCUAGCUCUUGCAAAUUCUUUGUCGAAAGUUAGCAUUAUUGGUGUAAUAAUAGAUUAUGUCGCGGAAAUUAAAAUGCCUAAUUUUCUCAAGAAAUAAAAUUAAAAAUCGACGGAAGAGAGACUCCAAAGCAGCACCCUAUGGAGCAGGUAGGACCUGUCCUGAUGAAGCUGAAAAUAGUGCUCUGUCACUUUUUGAAUAGGCCACCGGCCUGCUGAAGAGGGAAUUUUUGUUUCUCCUCAGAAGGCUUCCCCUGUCCUUGCCAGAUGGGCUACAGAGGUUUUGCCUGCCACUUACUCCCCCGUUCGUAAGUGAACAAAACCAUUGGAAAAAUCCCUAUCGUUUGGAUAAAAACCAAAAUUCUGUGAGCGAACAAACAAUUUUUAUGAAAAAAUUAUUUUGAUAUAUAAGUGAUAAUUAUUAUAACGAAAUCUCUAUCUAAUUCUGUUUAAUUUUAAACAACUUGCAUUUUAGAACUGAAAUUUUACAAAUUAAUAUUUGCUUUCCCAAUACCGGAAUUGUUUUAAUUUUGAAAAAACAAUUUGUAUAUAUAUAAAUUUUUAAAAAACAAAUUAAUCCCCUCACGAAGGGCGAGUUAUUAUUUACUUAUCGGGACUAAUCGGGCAUCUCCAAAAGGUGGCUCUAACCUAGGGAGCUAAACCUUAGGCUAGGUGGGUUUAAGUCAGAUAGGCAGGCUAGUGGUCUAUCCGCUUAUAGCCUUAUAUAGCACUUAACUUAACUUUCUCAAGUAUUUAGUAAUGUAUAAGUAAAAUUUUUGAAACUAUUUUUAAUGAUAAUAUUUAUUUUAUUGUAUUUAAAUUAUUUCUAAUAGUAAAAUUCUAUGAAUUUCUAAAAUAGACUUUUUAUUAAUUUUUUUGAAAAAAAAAAAAAAUAAUAAAAAUGUGAUGGAAUAAGGACAAUAUAUGUAAACUGAAAAUAAUUGACCAAUCCUUAAGCCCAGGAGACUUCAUUCAGCUUCACGUAUUUGUAGAAACAACCUUAAAACAAAUUAAUAUCGGCGAUAUAGUAGUAGCACAUGGUAUCACAUUUAAGCAUUUCCGAGGUAAAGCCCAAGGCACCCACAACAAUAAAUCUGGCCCAUUAGCCAUUUAUAGUGCUAGUGACAACGAAACUUUAAAAAUCACAAGCCAUAUUGGCCAUUUCCAAGAAGAUGAAGACCUCUAUCAGAAUGUGGUAAACCUUUAUGACUGGGGAGCUUAGCUUAAACUAUUAUGACUAGCUCCCCGUCAGCUAUUUCGGCCGUACGCCAAGGGGUUUGCCCUUCUCGAAAAUUCAAAAAGUGAAUUUUAUUGUCAGGCUAUCGGCCAGACAGAAACUUGUAGCCCUAGACGCAACUCCUGGUAUCGCGUUAAAAAAACGCCCGAUUGGCCAAGCAAACACCCUCUGAGCUUGCUGGGCUAUCCAUUUCAGCUUCCAAGUUCCAACUUCCCUCGAGGUAAAAUCUUGCCCUGGAUAUGAGCCUACAGUCCGUCAGCCCGAUAUUGCGCUCAUAUUCAAGUAAAGCCCUUCAAGACAUAUCAGACGUGCUCUCCCUCUACAAGGUCCCCAGCGCUACAUACAGGUGUUAAGAGACUAAGUUGAUUCUCCAUAUAUGACUGGGAAACAAGCCAACUAAGCUCAAGAGAUUUAUCAACAGGCCCAACAUUACCAAGCCUUGGUGAAGCUCCUCACUACAGAUAUAAAACUUUAGACUUAAUCUGCUACGUUGCCCACAAAAAGCAAGAUUAUCCUGACCCAAGCCAGUCAACUUUAGUCCUUUGUGACAGUUCUGGUUAUCUUUUUUUGACAACUUUAUCAUGCUUACUUGUGAAUAUUAAUGAAGAUAAAUGGGUAAAAAUAAGAGAAGCCAAAAUAAGCAGUGAUCAAAUUCAAUUUGGAGACCAUUCAUCCAUAGUAGUAGUUCCUGAUUGGUGCUAUAAUGUAAAAAUGCAUAUGCAAAAUACCAUCCCAGGACUGGAAACUAUAAGGAACGAAGCCUUAAAUUACCUUUAUAAAACAAUUAAUCAGGCCAGCAUAAAUCAACAAAUUAUUGUUACUAGAACUAGGAAAUCUUCAGUGCCGCUAUUUGAUGAAAGCCAGCUGCUAAACCCGCUGGAAAAAACAGAAUUUUGUAGGCUGAAAGUGAUUAUUAUACAAGUCCAGCCAAAAAAUAUAGAAGAUGGGGUGUUUGAGAUGAAUGACGGGCUGAAUUUUUAUGGGAUUAUCAAUAUUUGGUGCCUUAAUGAUAUUAUUGAAGUUUCUGUGGCGGGAGAAAACUCAAUUGAUUUGUUUGGGCUACAUGGGAUUAAAAAUAGAAGAGAUUUUAUUAAUAAAAUUGAUGAAGUUACCAGACUUCUCGUUAAAGGAAACAAUUGGGUUGAACUUUGUUUGAAAAGAAAAGUGGUAGGGAAUAAAGUGAUUCUCAAGGUAGUCAAUACAUUUUUAACAUAA